AUGAAGACUGGAGAUGUCGUACCUAAUGUCUACAUUGUCGAAUUCGCCAACGAGAGUGUCACCCCGGACACCUUUUAUGCCUCUCUUGCGGCUGAAGGCGUGGACCUCCAGCACCGAAUGGAUCUGAGUUUCCGCUUCUUUAACGGUGUUUCCUUCCAGGUCAAGCCUUCGACUAAUCAUACUGGCUCCGACAUCAUCACGCAGAUUAAAGCAAGGACUGAGAUUGCUUCAAUAUGGCCCGUUCGAUCAUCAAAGCUACAGAUGCCGGAAACACAGUCACCAACCGCUUCCGCAGACUCCACAUCGCGACUUGUCAAGCGCCAGGAUCAAAAAGAAGACACUUUCUCUCCACAUGUUAUGACGCAAAUCGAUAAACUCCAUGCUGAAGGAGUUACGGGAAAGGGGGUCCAAGUCGCCAUUAUUGACAGUGGCGUUGACUACACGCACCCGGCUUUGGGUGGCUGCUUUGGGGAGGGUUGUUUGGUUAGCAAAGGCUACGACUUCGUGGGUGACAAUUUCCGACUGGGUGAAAAUGAACCACAACCCGAUGAUGACCCAAUGGACGACUGCUUUGGACACGGUACUCACGUCUCAGGCACUGUCGCUGCACAGCUGGAAAAGACCAAGUAUGGGUUCUCCGGAGGCGCUCCGGGAGUCAAGCUUGCUGCCUACAGAAUCUGGAAUUGCAUCUCCUCGACAACUGAUGAGAUUCAAUUAGCUGCGUUUGCUCGCGCUGUGGAAGACGGGGCUGACGUCAUCUCCUACUCCAACGGCUUGUAG